CAGCCUGCGUCGUCUGGGCCGGCAACUUCCGUGCUGGGCCGGAUGUGAGGGUAAAGCCAUGUUCUCCUCAGCACAGACGGGGCAGAACAGGGUGGGGCGGCGCCGCCUCGCUUUGGGACAACUCGAGUCCAUGUCCGUGACCCCCCAGCGGUUGUUGCUGCGCCAGAUCUGCAGCUUCACAGAAAACACCCCAAUGUCUUUCAUCCAAAACAGGGAUCCCUCCCAGGAAUCUGGUGGACAGUAACCAACUCUGGUGACAUUUCAGGAACCAUAGCCAUUGAAAUGGAUGAGGGAACCUAUAUCCAUGCACUCGACAAUGGUCUUUUUACACUGGGAGCUCCACACAGAGAAGCGCCUGUCCCCAGCCCAGGGAAGGAGAGAUAUUUGUUACCUGGAAAGAUGACCAGAGUGAUCAGUGAAGACUCAUCAGCGCCCAGUUUUUUGACCCCACACCAGUACUUCCCAGCGUCUUUCAGGGUGAGGUCCCGCAGGGUCACAGUGAACAAGAGCUCCUGGCGGCUGUCACAGAUGGACACCCUGCCCUCCGUUGUCUCCUGGCCUUCUCCCGCAUAGAUGGUGCCAGUGCAGCGAGAUGAAGAGGCUGACUUCCCUGCCCCAGUACUUCUGGUGGUCUCUCAGCUCUUCUCCGUAGGUGCACUUCAGGGACACAGUGUCCCCUUCGAACCCGCUGAUUUCCUUUGGGCCCUCCAGGGCUUCAUAACCUAAAAUCACAGCAGGAGUGGAGGUUGGAAUAACCAGGAUCCAUGCACCAAGGUCAAGGCCAGAGCUUCCAUUUUAAGAGAAGGAAGGAAGGCUUUUCUUAGUCACCCCUUCUGGGGACAGGCUUGGAAAGGCCAGUACUCCUCUCCUGCUCUGGGGCAGGGCUGCUGCUGUUCCUAACCCUGGCCCAUUGAGGAAUGGGGUGGGGAGGGGCGUUGUAGAUUCAGAUAGAAUCUGAGAGCCAGAUAGCCAGGAGGGUUUCUGGUUUUUGUUUUGUUUGUAGACAGGAUCUCACUCUGUUGCCCAGGCUGAAGGGCAGGGUGCUCAUGGCCCACUGUAGCCUUGACCUCUGGGACUCAAGAGAUCCUCCCACCUUAGCCUCCCACUAGCUAGGACUAUAGGCGUGCACCCCCAUGCCUGGCUAAUUUUUUGUUUUUGUUUUUGUUUUCAAAGAGAUGGGGGUCUCACUAUUGCCAACUGAACAACUGGCAUCAGUUGUAGGAUGCAUCCUGAUUUUCAGUGUUAAAAGGAGCAUGGGGAGGUGCCCCGCCAUCACAGCAUCUGGAAGAGGCAGUGGGGCAAAAGAUCUGGACAGAUCACCAGGCUGGUGGCAUGUGCCAGCGGGGCUUUCUGCUCACAGAAGGAAGCAUCAAGAGUGGGGAAGAUGUGUCCUCAGCAAAGACGAAUGAGCCACAAGACGGGAAGAUUUGGAUUCCUGAGCUACCACUUGGAAGACAGCUGCCCUGGACAGCCACCAAACGUGCAGCAGACUUGGUCUGCUCUGAAUGCACCUUGACUGAGCCUUGGCUGGCUGAGGCAAAUCCUGCUCUGGGGUUCCAGCCACAUCUGGGUCAACUUUGUCCUCACCGCACCUGCCCUGUCCUGGGAUGCAGCCUCUCCCAGCACUCCUGCUGCAAGCUCUCAUUCACCCAAACAUCUCUCUCUGCUUAUCUUUUCUUCUAAUUUGCUUGCCCAAAUAUCCUCUAGGCUAAAAGACAGGGUCUUGCUGUGUCACCCAGGCUUAAGUGCAGAGACGCUACCAUGGCUCACUGCAGCCUCGACCUCCUGGGUUCAAGCAAUUCUGCUUCAGCCUCCUGAGCAUCUGGGACUACAGAUGAGCACCACUACAGCCAGCUACUUUUCGCAGUAUUUGUAGAGACAGGGUUUUGCCAUAUUGCCCAGGCUGGUCUUGAACUCCUGGGCUCAAGCGAUCUACCUGCCUCAGCCUCUCAGAGUCCUGGGACUACAGGUUUUGGUAUCAAUACUAUUAUAAAAAGAACUUUGAAGAUUUCCUUCUAUUUCUACGUUCUAGAAGAAAUAAGUUUUGUUCCUUAAAUGUUUGGUGAAGUUCUCCUGCAGAACUAGCAGGGCCUAGCGCUUUCUGAGGGAACAGUUGACAGCUCUACUGUAUUAAGAUUGACCUAUUAAUAUUUUAUCUUUCUUUUGAGGUAGUUUUGGUAAAUUUUAAUAAUAAUAAGGUUCCUGGCCUAAUGAAAGCCUCUGACCUCAGUGAUGGCAUCAAGAUUACAACACCCCAGUAAUACAGUAUGUACUUUUUCGUGUUUGGCUUUUUUCAUUCAGUCUGUCUAUCUAUUAUCUAUCUAUCUAUCUAUCUAUCUAUCUAUCUAUCUAUCAUCUAUCUAUCUAUUUUUUGUGAUGGAGUCUUGUUCUGUCACCCAGGCUGGAGUGCAAUGGCAUAAUCUCAGCUCACUGCAACCUCCACCUCCCAGAUUCAAGUGAUUCUUGUGCCUCAGCCUCCCGAGUAGCUGGGAUUAUAGGUGCCCACCACUACACCUGGUUAACUUCUAUUUUUUUUUUGAGAUGGAGUCUUGCUCUUUCACCCACGCUGGAGUGCAAUGGUGUGAUCUCAGCUCACUGCAACCUCCACUUACCGGGCUCAAGCUAUUCUCCUGCCUCAGCCUCCUGAGUGGCUGAGAUUACAGGUCCCCACCACCACACCUGGCUAAUUUUUUGUAUUUUUAGUAGAGAUGAGGUUUCAGCAGGUUGGCCAGGCUGGUUUAAAACUCCUGACCUCAGGUGAUCCACCUGCCUCAGCCUCCCAAAGUGCUGGGAUUACAUGUGUGACCCACUGCAUGCAGGCCAGUCAAUCUAUUUUGAUGUUCCUCCAUGCUGUUGCAUGGUAGGGGUAGCCUUUGAGUAGUAGCUUCUUUUUAUUGGCGAGUAAAUAUACCAUUGUAUGGAUAUACCACAUGUGAAUGGUGGAGCACUUGAAGGGAGCACCCUAGCCCCUUUGGCUCCUUCCGCCACAUGAGGACACAGCGUUCAUCCCUUUAUGCCUGUCUUUCUCUUCCACCGUGUGAGGAUACGUUUCCAAUGCUAUCAGUGAGGAACAGGCCCUCACCAGACACUGCACCUGCUGGCCCCUUGAUUUUGGACUUUCUGGCCUCUACAACUGUAGGCAGUAAAUUUCUAUUACUUAUAAAUUACUGUGGUACUUUGUUUAGUAGCAGGAACUGACUAAGACAGGUUUGAAUUUGCAUUUCCCUGAUGACAAGUGAUGUUGGAUAUGGGCUUUCUCAUAUGCUUAUUGGUUAUUUGUAUAUCUUCUUUUGUGAAGUGUAUGUUCAUAUCUUUGCCUGUUUUUUGAUUGGGGCGUUAGUCUUUUUUCUUUUUUUCUUUUUUUUUGCCCAGCCUGGAGAGCAGUGGCACAAUCAUGGCUCACUGUAACCUCUGCUUCCCAGGCUCAAGUGAUCCUCCUACUUCAGUCUCCUGAGCAGCUGGGAGUACAGGCACAAGCCAACACACCCGGCUAGUUUUUGUAAUUUUAGUAGAGACUGGGUUCUGCCAUGCUGCUCAGGCUGGUCUUGAACUCCUGGGCUCAAGUCAUCCACCCGCCUUGAACACUCAAAGUGUUGAGAUUACAGAUGUGAGCCACUGCACCUGGUCCUAUUUUCUUAAUAGUGUUUUUUUUUUUUUUUGAAAUGGAGUCUCACUGUCGCCCAGGCUGGAGUGCAGUGGUGUGAUCUUGGCUCACGGAACCUCCCCCUCCUAGGUUCAAGCGAUUCUCCUGCCUCAGCCUCCUGAGUAGCUUGGACUACAGGCACGUGCCACCACGCCAGGCUAAUUUUUUGUAUUUUUAGUAGAGACAGGAUUUCACCAUGUUAGCCAGAAUGGUCUCAAUCUCCUGACCUUGUGAUCUGCCUGCCUCGGCCUCCCAAAAUACUGGGAUUACAGGCGUGAGCCACUGAACCCAGUCAAUAGUGUUUUUUGAUGAGCAGAAGUUUUAAAUUUUGAUGAGGUCCAUUUAUUAAUUGUUGUUAGGGUCCAUGUCUUUUCUUUUUUCUUUUUUUAGAGAUGGAAUCUCUUUUUGUCACCCAAGCUGAAGUGCAGUGGACCGAUCAUAGUUCACUGCAGCCUUGCACUCCUGGGCUCAAGCAAUCCUCCUGCCUCAGCCUCCUGAGUAUGUGGGAUAUAGGCUUAUGCCACCAUGCUUGGCUUUUUUUGUAUCCAUUCUAAAAAAUCUUUGUAUACCUCAAGACUUAAAAGAUACCCUCCUGUUUUCUUCUAGUAGCUUUAUCAAUUUGCUUUGUGUUUAGGCCUAUGAUCUCUCUUAAAUUGUGUUUUGAAUAGGGUGUGAGGUAGGGAUUGGGUCCCUUCACACACAUAAAUAUCUAUAUCUACUUGUUCCAAGACCACUUCCUGGUGCUCUUGUCCAAAAUCAUUUGACUCCGUAUCAGAUGGUUCUCAUUAUCGCUCCAACACUAAGCAUUGCAGCUAAAAAUGUGCCUCAUGUGGUCUCAGACCAGUGGCAUCACAUCACCUGGGAGCUUGUUAGAAAUUCAGAAUCUGGCACCACCCCAGCCUUACACAACCCCCUAGUGAGUCUCAGGCACAUUACAUUUUGAGGAGCAAUGGUGUGGAUAAUUUUUGAGGAAUGAGGGGAAACAUCAUCAUGACAUUUGCUGCCUCUCACAGCUCCCCAUGCACAGCCUGAGGGGCCUGCCAACCCAUUUUCCCUGGUUGCUGUGCAGGGCUAGAUUUACUUCCAGAUUUAACCUUCGGGUCCACCUCUCCUGACAUGUGCUUUGUUCUUCACUGCUGGGAUUGAGGGAAGGGGGCCCCUCACUCACCCACUCUUCAGCUCUAAUACCCACAACCACCUGCUCCCUCGCCCGGCAGUUCCUCUGCUCUCCACCGUACACAUCCUUCCACCCCAACCUCAGUUUUCUCAGUUGCAGAACCAAAAUAAUAAUGGUCUUGAUAUCAGGCUACGGUGAGGAAGUGGUCUGAGAAGUACCUGGGCAUGGGGACAGCACAAUGGAAGUCAGUUACGGUCAUGGCCAUUUCAGGGCUUUCUCCAGUAAAGCCCCUGGAUGCUGGUCGCCUUUGCCAUGCAGCCCCACCCCCUCUGCAGCCGGGCAGACUGGAGUCCCCCUUCUCUCCAGCCUGACUUCUCCUCCCUUGCUCUGAGCCCCCAGGGCAGCGUCCACGGAUAAAUCUUUCCCAGCGUGUUGCAUUGUUACAGCAAGUUGCCUUCGCAUCCCACCGCCCCCCCGCCCCGGCUCGGGAGAUCCUCAAACCUAGGAUCUCUGCCUUGGUCGUCUUUGGAGCCCCGGCCCCUGGCACAGCGCCUGGCACCUGGAGGGCGCUCAAUAAAUGUUUGCGAAAUCGAAUUAUCUGUUGAACAGGUGUCCACCCCGCCAUUCGCGGAGGGUGGGUCGUGCGGGCGGAAGGAAAGGCUGGUUGUGUGCCAGGGCGGGGGGACACCGGCUGGGAGCUCGGGGAGCGGGAGAGUGGGAGGAAGUACGAGCCCUGCCCGGGGGGCGGCGGUGCCAGACGCGGAGGGCGGCCUCCGCUCCUCCCCCGCCUCCUACCCCUGCCGCGCCUCCUCCGGCUCCGUCACCCCCGCCCGGGCUCGGGGCACCCGCGCGGCUCCCGGUCGCGGAGCACACAACCCGGCGCGACGAGGUAGGAGGCGGCGCGGGGAGCGGACGAAGGAGCUGGGCGCCGCGGCCGGAGCGGCCGGAGACCGGACGGAGACCCUCCCCUCGAGCUCCCAAGCAGCCUCCCGGCCCACCGAGCCCCCCGCGGGGGUCUCAGACCCGCCCCUCGGGCCGCGCCCCUCUCCGCCCGCGCCUGCCCCCCGCGCGCCCCCAGCUCCGCGCCGCUCCGCGUCUUCCGGGACAGCCCUCCGAAGUCCCCCGGGGUCGCUGCUCCUGCGCCCAGCGCGCUCCCUGUUCGUCCCACAGGUUCCUUCCGAGAGCAAGCGGGAGUCAGUGCGCGGCCGCCUGCGGCGAGCAGCCGAGGAUGAGUCCAGAGUGACGGCGCGGGCGGGGGCGGGGCGGAAGCGGGGCGGUGUCUGGAGGGUCCGGGGCGGUUCUUACGCCUGUUAGUGGCACCGGGGCUCCGCGCUGCGGGCUGGCUCCAUGUUUGCGGAAUGAAUCAAUCAUGACUCUCCUUCCCUUUCGAAGGAGGACUUUUUGAGGUGGUCCACGUGCUGCAGACCACCUUCGGGGGGCUGCUGAGAUGGGGCUCCCGCAGGUCUUCCCCUCCUCUCUGCACCCCAGUCUGGAGGCUCCCUUUGGGUUGGGUUUUGGGGGUCAGCGACGGGGGGCUUGUAGGCCCAACCAGGUAGCUGUGGAAGGUGGGUCCCAGAGGGAGACUUGAACCAGGCCUCUUACAAGGUUACAGCGAAGGGGCGCACUACAGAGGACAGCAGACACUGUCAGGCAGGCUCACUUGGCACCUCCAAGGCCAGCCUGGAAGAGCGCGCUGGAAUAUGGAUUUUGACCCACCCCUGACUGAACCCCUCCAUGCGCCUGUUUCUUCAUCAGCAAAAUGGGAACAUUAGCAGUCAUUUCUCAGGACUUUGUGCAGACAAAAACUUUAUCAUAGAAAUCACCCCACACGAUGCUUGGCACACUGAGGACUCAGCAUAUCUGAGCUUUAUUUCCUUCCUCUGAAAAGUGUGAGCAGAGGAGUUAUUUGUUCCCAUCCUCUCUGUCCACCCUGGUCUCAGAGAACACAGUGGAUGUGUAGUCACUGUUGAAUAAAUAUGCUUGAUGGAGCUUCAAUACCCAUCCCGCCCCCUUUCUCCCAGAAUCUGCAGGGAGAGGUCAGGACGUGUGGACGGACACCAGCAUGCCUGUGCUGUCGGAGGACUCUGGUUUGCAUGAAACCCUGGCCCUGCUGACCUCCCAGCUCAGACCUGACUCCAGCCACAAGGAAGAGAUGGGCUUCCUGAGGGAUGUUUUCAGCGAAAAAAGCCUCAGUUACUUAAUGAAGAUUCACGAGAAGCUUCACUAUUACGAAAGGCAAAGUCCAACCCCAGUUCUGCACAGCGCCAUGGCCCUCACUGAGGACCAGGCUGUGCUCAUGGUACAUGACACGGUUGCCCAGAAGAAUUUUGACCCCGUUCUCCCAUGUCUGCCUGAUAAUAUCGAUGAGGAUUUUGAUGAGGAAUCGGUGAAGAUCGUCCGUCCGCUUGGUGAAGAACAAGGAACCCUGGGUGCCACCAUCCGGCGGGAUGAGCAUUCAGGGGCUGUUGUGGUGGCCAGAAUUAUUCGAGGAGGCGCAGCAGACAGGAGCGGCCUGGUCCACGUUGGAGAUGAACUCCGAGAAGUGAACGGGAUCACAGUCCUGCACAAGCGGCCCGAUGAGAUCAGCCAGAUUCUGGUCUGUGCUGCAUGCCUGCUAGGGACAUGGUGGGUCUUCAUACACCCAGAGCAGGGUGCUUCCCGGAGCCAGCACAGAUUCUGGCUUAGCUUUGCUGUUGUCCUGAGGAGGUGGCAGGCAAAGUGGCCUUAUGGUGUGCCCCUAACAGUGUGCCCGGGGCAGGGCGUGGGGGCAGGAGGAGGGGAACUUCCCUUCCAUCUGCAUCUCUUAGACCCUGUCCCCUGGUUCCCUUUCACAAGGCCCCUCCUGGGUCCAGGUCCUGCGUGUGAAUCCUGGCUCUGCCUCCUUCUAGGUGUGCAACCUUGGGCAAGUUAUCAAAUCCUGUCAGUUUCCAUUUCCUUUUCCUUAGCGUUGGGUUAGAGAUGCUUUCUCAACCAAUGUGUGGUUAUCAUUGGGAUGCCAACAUCUGGAAAAGGGUAAAGCCCUUCCGAACUGUAAGGGGAUUUCCAGGUAUUAAAUGCUGGGCUGAAAACAACCCCCAUAGUCCCUUCUGGGGAGUGGGAGUCAAAACUGAAAUUGUGAAAAGCCCCAAUCAUAGCUUGGUCCCCUUUGUACUCAGGAAUCCUUCCACAACCUGAUACUCUUUGCUAACUUCGGAUGGUUUGGGGGGCAGAAACAGAAUGGGAUCUGAAGAGAGGAGGCCCACUGGUUAUGUUGGGCCCCUGGCAUUGGGCUGCAGCGUCUCUGUAGAUGUGGGGGAAGGGAGCUCCUAGAAAGCUGGGUGUGGCCUGAGAUUGGAGGGCAGUUGGGGGAGAUGGAAGCUAAGAGGGACAGAGACCAGCCCCAGAUCAGGUAGUAGAGAGGGAAAGGAAAAGGAAAUACCUGAAAUGGGUUGUUCAGAUGCCCCAAGAGAAAAGCAAGGAAGGGAGCCCUCUGGGGCCUUAGCGGUCAGAAGGGACUGAGAAUCGGAAUUCAACACGCAGUGUCCUUGGGUUCUCAUGGAAAGUCUUUCGUCCCUUUGUCUUUUGAAAAUACAACUACCAACACCCCACUGCUAAAUUUGAACUGGCUUAAAAAUAUUAAAAAUACAAAAACAUACAAUGACUUGGUUACUAAGUUUUGCUUUAGUUAAUUCAACCGGGCUACCAUCCUAGAAGGGCAGGCCUCAGGGAGGCUGCAAGUCUGACUUUCUGAGCAUCAGUUUUUAGGCCUGGGAAGUAAUAGUUGAAUUCAUGGAGGAGUAGACCUGGCAGGCCAGAAGCUUGUUCUCUCUCG